AUGUCCAACGGUCUUUUUCCUGGACACCAUGGAAUCGUGUCUAACCACAUAUAUGAUCUCAAUCUGAGCUCAAAACCUGCAUAUCUGGGGACAACUUCUGCUGAUGGAUAUUACACCAAAGAACCAAUAUGGUCUAUUUACCAACGAGAAACUAGAAGACAUGCAGCUACUAUUUCAUGGAUAGGAAGUUACCAUAACACUACAUAUUACCAACAGCCGCAUUACAUGGUGCCUUUUGACAAAACUAUGACCGCAGACGGUAAUUUUGAUAAGGUCAGUAGAAAGGGAAUUUACGGACGGUGUUUUGAAGGCUGCGUCCCCUCAAACUGCUUCUGGGCCCGUAGUAAACCCCUCAUGGUUGUCAAACAUAGACGGAGCAUGUCAUGAUA